CAGCCGCUCUUAACACUCGGGAAGCACAUCAUCCAGACUCGGUCCUGCGCAAAAGCAGACGCGAACUGAGCCGCUGUGUCGUCACCGCUUCGUCUACAACCGAGCUCCAACGAGGUAAGCGCCCAGUGUCACAUAAAAAACGACUGGAUCGGAGGCCACGACACAGUUUUCAUCGGUACUGAAAUUUGGCGGGCUGUUGUUCGCGCUGAAACAAAGAUGACAUUUUAGAGGCUGUAUGUUUAAACCACGUGUGUGACCACCAUCUGUUUCAAUGCAUCGCUGAUCAUUUUAAUAAGUGGGUAUUAAUCGCCCCAAUAACUGAAAUUAGGGUAAUUUAUCAAGGGUAAGUAGAGCAUGGUACCGUGUAAGCCAUUUCACUCUGAGAUUGCUCCCCGCUGAAGAUUAUUGGAGAUCGUUUGCGUUGGAUAUCUCUGCAGCAGACUAUCAAGCAGUGGCCAUCAUGUCGGUUGGUAAUGCUACCGAGGAACCCUACGAGGACAUGUCCGAUCACGACUGGAUCUAUACCGCCACCGGUUCUUUCUCGUAUGUUGUCUGUGUGAUCGGUCUUCUGGCCAAUACUUGGGUGAUAUGGGUCUUGCUGAGGCGCCUUGGUCUGAAGACUGCUGGUAACAUGUACAUCUUGAACCUGGCCAUCGCUGAUGACUUGUUCCUGGCAGGGCUGGUGCUCCAGGCUGCCUACCAGAUCAAGAACGUCUGGCCGUUUGGUGAGUUCCUCUGCCGGGCCUACUUUGCGUUUGACGGUCUGAACAUGUACGCCAGUGCCUUCUUUGUUACAGCGCUGAGCAUCGAGAGGUACAUGGCAGUCAGCCGGUCCAGCCGGGCAAGGCUACACCGCAAGAGACGCCAAGCAGCUGCCGUGAGCGUGGUCAUCUGGAUGGCUUCCAUCGUAGCAGCCGUGCCGACGCUCCUAGCCACCACGUACCAAGCCAGCUCGUACCAAAGCGUCCCGAACGGAACAGACCACCUCUGCCUCAUGGACUUCACCUCCUUCGGCCACCCAGGCCUGGCCUUUUGGAGCCAGGCCUUCAUCACGUACAACUUUGUGCUGGGACUCUGCGUGCCGUUGACUGUGACCUGCUUCUGCUACGGCAGACUCAUCAUUCAGAUGCGGGAGGUCUCCAUGCGAAGCGAGGCAGGUGCUGACGUCAAGCGUGUCACACGCAUCGUGACGGGCGUGGUGGUAGUCUUCUUUAUCUGCUGGGCGCCCUUCUACCUCUGCCGCAUGAUACUCGUCUACAACCAGGACCUGAUCAGGUGGGCAGGCAGGCCCUUCCUCUUCGAACUCAGCCUGGUCUUCACGUACAUCAACAGCUGCGUGAACCCCUUCAUUUACGCGCUCAUCAGCGUCAAGUUCCGGGAGAACUUGCCGUGCGUGGCCCUGCGUGGCCGAGGCUAUAAGAGCGGGAAACGAACCAUGGUUUGCGACCGGAACUCCACCGCUUUGACUGAUAUCCAGCAUAACACGGUCAUCACAAACAAUGACUCCAGUUAGAGGAUCAGCUAUGGUGUAAGCGAAUGCCUGGCAAGGCUGAUCGGUGUUGAAUUGGAUUUAAUCAAUUUAUACAGUAAUCAUUAACAGCACAGAGAGUCAGCUAGGAUCAUCAUUUUGAUGUUGUCCGUCAAGUAAAUCACAAG